AUGGCUACAUAUUAUGAAAAUCUAACCAUUGAAUUGCUAGAAGGAAAAGUAGUACUAAUUACUGGUGGGGCUAGUGGCAUUAGUGCAACCACAGCAAGACUAUUCUUUAAACAUGGAGCUAAAGUUGCAAUUGCAGAUAUGCAAGAUGAAUUGGGUCACUCUGUAUUCAAAGAACUAGAUCCUCAAUUCACAACCUUUGUCCAUUGUGAUGUUAGCAAGGAAACUGACGUGGAAAAUGCUGUUAACCAUGCUAUUUCCAUGUAUGGUAAGCUAGACAUUAUGUACAACAAUGCUGGUAUUGCUAGAGAAUCCCAAUACAACAUCCUUGACAAUACCCAAGCCGAUUUUGAGCAAGUGAUUAGAGUCAACUUGGUAGGUGCUUUCCUUGGUACCAAAUAUGCUGCCCGUGUGAUGAUUCCAGCUCGCAAAGGUAGUAUAAUCAAUACUGCUAGCGUAUGCUCAAUCAUGGGAGGCCUUGCACCGCCUGCCUACACAAGCUCAAAACAUGUUGUGGUUGGAUUAAUGAAAAAUGCAGCAGUGGAGCUCAGAAUUUUUGGCAUUUGUGUGAAUUGUGUGUCACCCUACCUAGUUUUAACACCUAUGGCAAAGGAUUACCUUAAGCAGUAUGAGGAGGGAGCUUUAAAUCUUUAUUCCAACCUCAAGGGUGACGUUCUCAAGCCAGAGGGUGUGGCUGAGGUUGCGCUUUUUCUUGGAAGUGACAAAUCAAAAUAUGUGAGUGGACAUAAUCUUGUCAUAGAAGGAGGAUUCAGCAUUGUGAAUUCAAGCUUUUGUAUGUAUCCACAAUAA